AUGGCUAUCGAUAUUCAAACUGUUCGCACAACUUUCAACGAAAAACUGAAAAAUAUUCUCACGAGCAAACGAGAUGAUAAUAACUCAUUUUUGUCUACUAAAGACUACAAUGAUGUUAUUGAACAAGUUAAAAAAUCAAAAAUGUGUUUAAAAACUGUCGCUGAAGCUAAAACAAUGAAGGACUAUCGUGUAGUACGUAAGUACGAUAUUUUAAAAAUAAAUGGAAAAGAACGUCUUAUUAGACCAGUAGACGAAAAAAAUGUUGUAUUGUAUUACGUUAAAAUUGACGAACUGUUUGAUAUUCUUCACGAAACACGUUCUGCCAUCGGCCACGGAGGACGAAAUCGUAUGAUGGCAGAACUGAAAAAUAAAUAUUGCAAUAUAACAAACGAAACAGUUAUGGUUUAUUUAAAAUUAUGUGUUCAAUGUCAGAAAAAAGCAGUGCACCCAAGAAGAGGAUUAGUAUCUAAACCAAUUUUAGAGUCAACUUUCAACUCACGGGCACAAGUUGACCUUAUAGACAUGCAAUCUCAACAUUAUAAUGACUAUCGUUUCAUAAUGAAUUACCAGGAUCAUUUGACUAAGUACGUAAUAUUGAAACCCUUAAAAUCAAAACGCGCUGAAGAAAUCGCUUAUAAUCUUAUCGAUAUUUAUACGUUAUUUGGGGCACCUGCAAUAUUGCAAUCCGAUAACGGGAGAGAAUUCGUUAAUUCGGUGAUUAAUGAACUUCAUAUAAUGUGGAAUGAAGUCAAAAUCGUUCACGGAAAGCCAAGACAUAGUCAAAGUCAGGGGUCAGUUGAACGAGCCAAUAGAGACGUCCAAGAAAUGCUAGCUGCUUGGAUGAAUAAAGCAUUUUUUCUAUUUUUAAAAAUACCUAUUUUGUAG